AUUGCAGUAUCACAUAUAACUCCCUAGGUUUUCCGAAACGGACCCAGCCCCCUUAAUUUCUAAAAUCAUUCGGAUUUGAUACCUUAAAAGCGAUAACAAGUCACACUUUUGGGCGCGUGAGCAUAAAACUAGAACCGUAAAGAUGGAUGCUAAUCGACGUAAAAACCGCGAGCAGACAUGUUAUCAAGAAUUAAAUGUUUCAUAAUGUUUGGAAUCUCUACUGCAGAUUCUGAAUUGUUUUUUUUUUUCUUUCUAAAUCUGUUUACUCGACAUCUCGAAUCAUUUUAAUUUCUCUUUUUUUUUUGUGAAUUUUAAUCUCGCCGUAGCAGGUAAUAAAACAGGUUAUUCGUUCAAACUCGAAACCCUAAUGUCGCUUUCUUACUCUCUGAGUUUGAAUAGCUGAGCUUUUCUCAGGUUACCAGGCUAACUACUUGUGUUCUAGAAAUGGAAUUGAUGGGUGUUGAUAAUAGUAAUGAAAGUAUUGAAAGAGUGCCUAGUGUAAAUGGAAGUAGUAUUGAUCUUUGGCCAGUUUCACCGGAGGGGACUGGAGAAGGUUUGCCAUAUGCUCCUAUAAAUUGGCCAAAACCUGGUGAUAACUGGCGUUGGAGAGUGGGGAGGAGAAUAGCCUUAACUGGCCAUUAUUAUGAUAGGUACUUGUAUCCUCCAAAACAUUUUCGUCGUCUCAGUGACUCAACAAGUAGGAGAAGGGGUUUUGCAAGUAAGCUUUCUGUUCAAAGGUAUAUUGAAACAGUAUUUCCUCAUGAAGAUGUCAACAAAUUUUUCGCUUCAUUCAGCUGGAAGAUCCCUGCAAUAAAGAAUUUAUCAGUAAAUGGUAAUGUAGAAGGAGAAACUCUUCCUGCAUUUAUUGAAGAGAUAGCAGAACGUUCUUGCCCUGAUUCCCCACUGGAGGAUGUGGGCUGUAAGGCCAGAAAUAAAAUGUGCAACAGUUUGGUGGUGCAAGCAGAAAUCUCAUCUUUAACUGCCAUGCCUUGUGAUAUUUGCUGCAAUGAACCUCGCUUCUGCCGUGAUUGUUGUUGUAUUCUCUGUGGCAAGACUGUGAAUUUGAAAUACGGGGGCUACAGUUACAUCAAAUGUGAAGCGAUGGCGGGUGAAAAUUACAUAUGUGGACAUAUUGCUCACUUGAGCUGUGCUCUGCGUUGUUACAUGGCUGGGACUGUUGGAGGAAGCUUUGGGUUGGAUGCUGAGUACUGUUGUCGUCGCUGUGAUGCAAAGACAGAUUUGGUUCCACUUGUUAUAAGACUUGUAAAGAUAUGUGAAUCUGUUGAUACUUUAGUUGAUGUUGAGGAAAUUCUAAAUCUCAGUGUCUGUAUUUUGCGUGGUUCAGAAAGGACCAUUGCUAAGGAAUGGCUAAGCCGUAUUGAGCUGGCAAUUCGAAAGCUUAAAUGUGGGGCUUCUCUUGAAGCUAUCUGGAAAGUUGAAGACACUGACUUGGCUAUCUUUACAGGUGUUUCUGAUGAUGAAAAUGCCACAUUGGAGCUUACGACCAACCAAGAUCCUACAGAUGUUAGAGCAAGCCCAUUGCAAACCAUGCCUACAUAUUCUGAUCAACAGAUGGAAUCUCAAAAACUUGAGGAAGAGAUUGAUCAGGUCCUUCAAGCAUUGAAAAAGUCCCAGGAAACUGAAUACAAAUUGGCUGAGGAGAGGUUAUAUGAGCAGAAGAAUUACCUUUGUAAUAUGUACCAGCAACUUGACAAGGAGAGGUCUGAGCUGGCACAUCACACUUCAGAGGGUGACCAGGAUAUGCUAUUAAACGCUGUCUUGAACACAGUGAACCAGAUAAAACGGCAAGUCACGGUAUUGAAAGAUAUGGAGAAAGUGGCCAAAGGAUUUGGAAGGACCUCAAAAAAAAUUCUGAAGGAACACUAUGAUCUGGAGAUUGAGGACUAAAAAAAUUCCAUUGAUCGAUGUCCAAACGUUUUGAUUCUCUGCUGAUGGAGUAAACAGAGUGUUGCAGAGACAUUAAAGGGAAACCAAUGAGGGUCAUAAGUUGACCUGGUGGAAAUUUUGUUUCUUCAUUAGCUCUGCUUACCACUGUCGUCAUUUUGUAAAGAGACUAGAGGGAAAUUGUAUAAAUGAGGAUGUGUUGUACAAUUGCAGUUUUUCAGAACCAAUGGGGGCUGUGCUUCGAUGUCUGGUGGGAUGGGGCCCUUUGGUGGGUGUAAUGUUGCCUAUUUAUUAGUCUUGAUGUCUCAUGGUGCUAUUUCUGUGCUGUGAUUACUGGUUAAAUCAGUCUAUGGUCAGCAGUUUUACACCA